UAUCUAAACCAUAUCAACAAAAUGGCUUUUCAUUCUUUUACCAGUGGCUUGGGAUUUGCUGUGAAAUUUUGUAUAAAUAUUUGAUUUAUGAGUUCACAGCCAAUGCCAAAGCACUGGUUUGUUAUAAUGGUUUCCUAGUUUUAGCUCUGAAAUUAGCCAUUUAUGGCCAUAAUUUGCUGGAAAGCCUGAAGGUAUUGUUUAGAAUUCUAAUUUUCUGAAACACAGUGCUUGUGUGAGUUAUUUUUGUUGGUUUACUUUGUUCAUAAAAAAGUUUAAUGGCAUUCCACACAAUUCUGCUUUUAUCAGUGUCAAGAUGACGAUGGACUUGCAUGCCCUCCAGCGGCAGUAUGCCAGUUUGCGGAAGAAGCAGAAAAAGCACACACAAGUCAUUAUCAGAGAGUCUGUCAAAGAUGUUAAGGAAAGCUCUAUGCUCACCAAUCAGCUUGCCUCAUCUCCCUUGGCAACAAAGACUGAGGUUAAAACUAUCAUUGACCCAAUAACCAUAGCAACCAUUUCCAUGGAUACAGGAACUUCUUCAAAUGCCUUUCUCGACUCCAUCACACCACAGGUUGUAGGAGACACCAAAUGCAUAUUGGUCCAACAAGCCAAACACAAGGACCGUAAGAAGCACAAACAUCAUGAAACACAUGGCGGGAACACAACAGAACCGACUCACACAGAUUAUGAAGGUUUGUUGAGGAAUUUAAAACUGGAAAUGGCUUCAUCAAGGAAGGUAAGAGGAAGGUCGCUCUCUGUACCAGCUGCAAUAAAAGAAGAAAAUGAAUACAGUGAGGAUGCCAAGGUUUCUGAUGAGAGGAAAACCAGUGUGGAUAAUUCAAGUGGUGUAACAUAUGGAAAGACUUGCCAAUUAACACUCAAAUCUUUGUCCUUGUCUGAUAUAACUAGCAGUAAAGAUAAAGCCGCUGAAGAACAUACAAUAAAGUCAGAAAACAUAAGUGCAAAGACAGAGGAAAUAAAUGGAAAUCCUUCUAAUAUAAACACUGAAGAUGACAAUGUGUGUAAUGCAAAUGAUUCAAUUGAAAAACAUGUAAUGGCAGAACAGAAACCUGAUGGGAGGGUGAAUACAGAGCAGGAUGAAACUAAGAACACGACCAGCUCAGUUUUCAGUGGUAUUGAAGCUAUAAAUGAUGGUUCUAUGUGCAAACAGAAACCAAGCGGCAGACUUUUAUACAAUGGUAAAUUUCCAUUGCCGAAAAGACUGCAGAGAUCUAUGUCCGCCAAUUUGGAAUCAACACUUAGAAAAACUGGCCUGAAAGUAAAUCCAGAAAUUAAAGCAAAUAUUUACCAUCACUUUUACACAAAGAAACGCCAUCUCAGUGCGGACCUAGGACUAAGUGCAUAUAUAGAUGACAAUACACAUAAAAUAAUGAACCCUUUUCCGGUCCAGCAUUGGAACGAAAACAGGUUCAAGGCUGGUAUGAAACUUGGACUGUACAAGCAGAGAAAGUCGUCAGAUUCCAAGCUGUAAUAAAUGUUUUUAUAAUGACAGUGGUUAUUGGUAAAUGGAAACAUUUCUGCGGUGUUUUGGGAAUAGGAAUGAGAUUUUUUUUUUUGGUCAGGGAUUUUCACAGCAAAGUGCUAAUGUAAAAUAUUAAUAGAUUUUCAGCCAAAAAACAUAAUAUAAUAAUGCAUGAAUUAAAAAAAAAAUAAUUCUGAAAUCAAAGCAAGGUUAUCAAAUUUACAGGACAAUUAUUCUUAUAAAAAUGUAUGAAAUUUUUUUCAUCUGUACUUGCAUGUGCAGAUGAAAGUACAUUUGCACUUUAAACAAUGUUUUGUUUUAUUUAAAUUAAGUAUUCCCUCUCCCUUUGGAGGUGUGACAUGUAUCUUAAACAGAAUGGACAUAUUUGAAAUUAAAAUGUAUGAAAAGA